AUGGCAACUACAUACAAGAUAAAGAUAGCAGCACGUCUACGACCACCGAUCCCCGGAGAGCUUGUCGACGACGGUGUCCAGGUUGAACGUCGCGACGACGGCACUUCUUGUGUCUCCGUUCCCAACCCCCGAGACCUCACUCAAAUCUUCAAGUUUCCGAUUACUUCGUGUUACGACCCUGCAGCUACUCAAAGGGAGAUAUUCGAGAAUGAAGUGCGUCCUAUAAUUGACAUCGUUUACAACGGAGUGACGGUAACUGUAUUCGCGUACGGUGUCACGUCCUCAGGCAAGACUCAUACCAUGCAAGGGAGCAAGGCGGAGCCUGGCAUCAUACCCAGAGCGGUAGAGGCGUUGUUUCACAAGCAAUCCGGUCUGAGGCGUUAUCGUUCUGAACUCUCCGUGUCCUACAUGGAGAUCUACAAGGAUGAAGUCUACGACCUUCUGGUGAACAGAGAGAAUGCCCCUAAGCUUCCCGUUCGAGAGAAUGAUCGGGGGCAGGUUUUCGUCGCCAACCUGACAGCUAUCCCUAUGGACUCCGUUGCUGACUUUGAGAAGAUCUACUCUCAAGCGUCGAAAAAUCGUUCGGUGGCAUCGACCAACCUCAAUCGUGCUUCGUCGCGAUCCCAUGCGAUCCUCACUGUAACGGUUACCUUAACAGACCCAGCGGAAAAUAAAACUCUAUCCGGCAAGCUAAACCUCGUCGACUUGGCUGGCUCUGAGAACAACAAGAUGACGGGAAACGACCCGUCACGGAUGGCUGAGUCUGCAGCCAUUAAUAAGUCACUGAGCACCCUUGGGCAGGUUGUCCAUGCCCUGAACAAAGGACAUAGCCGCAUUCCCUACCGGAACUCCAAACUGACUCGCCUAUUACAAGACGCGUUAGGCGGCAGCUCAGUUGGUCUACUUAUCUGUAACUUGGCCCCCGGCACCAAGUUUAGACAGGACACGCUUAACACGCUUAACUUCGCUGUUCACACAAAGAAUAUUGAGAACAAACCUGUAGUAAACGAGAAAGACAACAGACCAGUGCCCAAACCACAUUUUGCCGCGCUUCCAGCACCUCCACCCAAGCUUGCGGCCGCAAUGUUGCCAAUCUCUUCCAGCUCUUCGCACGGUGGGCGACCGUCUCUCGUUUCCGCACCUGCAAGCCGCCCAAGCUCCUCGAGCUCAAAUGUAUCCUCUCGGGUGCCUCGACCAUCUGUCGGUGGUUUCGGCACGGCCAGCCGGCUGAGCCAGCUAAUGCAUCCGCCCGCACCUUCCGCGCCGAAAACGGUCACUCUCACAGACAAGGAAAUUGACGAGCGGAUCGCCCGAGCUGUCGAGGCGGAAGUUGCCCGACGUCUCGCGGAGCAUGCUAACGAGCGGGCUCGUGAAGAAGCGACCCGCCGAGAGGAAGAGGUUGCGGUACGCCUUGCAGAGGAGCUUGCGAAACGCGAAGCGAAGCGAAAGGGUAAGGCCCCUGAACAACACCAGGAGAGUCUUCCGUUGAAUACACUCACCCCUCUUAUGCACCGGCAUGAGGAUGCUAAUGGUGAUGAGCUGAAGAAGAGACUUGAGGAACUUGAGCAGAAGUUCGAGCACAGUAGUAGAGAGGUCCAGAUGGUGGACGUACUGUCACCUGUUUCUAGGAAACGCACUGGGCGAGCGUACGUCUCGCUCGCUCGGUCACAUUCCGAGAAGGGAAACUUGCAGCUCGCUCUUGAACUCUACCGCAAAGCGGAGACAUACGUGCCGGAUAACAUCAAGCUCAAAGAGAGGAUCAUUGAGGUUGAACGGGCCAUUGAAAGCGGCCGACCAUUUGAGCCCUCACCAAAGCGAUCCAAGAAGGGCAAAGUGCACAAGACCAAGACCAGCAGCCAUAGCAGCCAAACAUCAAUCACAAGCAAUGGGUCCGCGCGGCCGAGCCUCAAGGGUGAGAGCACCCACACCAGCUUGCAUGAUGCGUAUGCGACCGUCGAUGAUCCGUCAACCUCUUCGCGACAGGAAGCAGCAGUGUCCUCGGGCUCGUCUUCAAUCCCUCUGGCGCCGCCUUCACCACCGCAACCAGCGGGAUCAAACUCCCCAGCACUGCCGCCGUCGCCGGCGAGAGCGACGCGACCGAUACCAGCGGCAGCGAUAUCGAUUCAAUACAGUCGAUACCAGAAGACGACAGCGGGCUCGACAGCGACGAGUGCUUCUGAGGUGGAGGGCAAGGAGAAUGUCCGGCUCGACACUUUGCCUGACGCAGAGGCUGAGGGACUCCUACAUGUCGGUAGCCCACCGAAACGGCAGAUCGACGAGAUGCAGGGUGAUGUCCUCGAGACGCCCCCAAGGCACAAGAAGGUGGCGAAGGUCGCGCCCGAUGACGACGAAGAGGGAGCGGAAAGUGGCGCCUGGGAGCAGUGGCAGCUGUUUGAGCCAGGCAAAAGGCGGUAA